AUGACACAACAAAUCCAUAAUGAUCCAAUUGCAGUUUUUGAUAUUAGUUCAUAUAAAACAAAAAUUGGAUUUGCUAAUGAAAAAGUGCCAUUAAAAACAUAUGUAUCAGUUUCAGGACAAUUAAAAGUUUGGACUUGUAUGUGUGGUUCAGGAGAAAUACCAAAAGAUAAUUUUGUUGGUGAAGAAACAUAUGAACGUCAUAAACAAUUAAAUUUCAGAUGUCUAGUUGAAAGUGGUAUUGUUGAUAUUGAAAAGUAUGAUCUUGAAAGAAUUGUUUAUAAUAACUUUCGUAAUUAUUUAAAGUUGGAUCCUAAUAAAACACCAAGUUUAUUCACAGAAGCAGUUAAUACCACCACAAAAAUAAGACAAUAUAUAUGUGAACCCGCAAUGGAAUAUUUUAAAUUUCCACUUUUUUGUCUUAUUUCACAACCGGUAUUAUCAUUGUUAUCAACUGGUAAAAGCACUGGGUUUUGUGUAGAGUCUGGUCAUGGAGUAACUCAAUUUGUGCCAGUUUAUGAAGGUUCGAAAGUGCAAAUGGGUGUGUCGUGUUUAAAACUGGCUGGACAAGAUGUGAGUGAAUCCAUUGAGAAAAUUGUAAAUGAAAAGGGGUUCAUUUAUGAGGAUAUUAUAGAAAAAGUUAAAAUCAAUGAUAUUAAAGAGAAUCUGUGUUAUAUUGCUCAGAACUAUGAAAAAGAAAAGAAAAAAGAAACAAAAGAACUCGAGAAGAUUUAUAACCUUCGCGAUGAAAAAGAAAUCAACCUUGGUGCUGAGAGAUUUGAAUGUACUGAACAAUUGUUUAGUCCAGAAAAAUAUGGAAAGGAAAUGAACGGAAUUGCCCUCCAAACUUAUGAUUCGCUCAUGCACGUUAAUCCAGAUGUAAGAAAUGAGUUAUAUGGUAAUAUUGUGAUAGCUGGCGGAAACACAAUGAUUCCUGGCUUUGUGGACAGAUUUAAAACCGAAUUAGCAGAAAGAGUACCCAAUUCGAAAAAAAUGAAUGUUACUGCACCAGAAAACAGAGAUAUUUCUGCUUGGAUGGGAGGUGCCAUGUUUGCAAGUUUAUCAACUUUUGAGUCGGCUUGCGUGUCAAAGGAAAAUUAUGAUGAAACUGGCCCAAGUAAUAUCAACAGGGUUUGCCCAUAA